AUGUCGAAUAAACCGGGUCACAAGCACCCCGGCGCAGGCUCAGCUACUCACUCGAAUGAGCAAAAUACCUAUGAGAGCUCUGCGCCUGUCACAGGCGGACGACCCAGAGAUGCCGGUGAUGUUAGAGGGCCAUCAGGUCCCCACUAUGGCGAAGUAACAAAAGCUAUUGCCGCUGAACCGAGCUACGACCGUGAGCUACUCUUUGAACUUUUCGAGACGGUUCGCCGCGCGGAUCGGAGCCAUGAACAGAAACUCCUUGAGAUGAUCCAAGAUCGCAAGCCUGUGCAGCAACUCCGUGCCUUUCUCGAGGGAAUGUUAGCGAAUGCCGGACUGUCUGAAUUGAAUGACCAAAUAGUUGGUCGUUCACGCAGAGCAGAGAUCGAGAAUGACGCGCCUUCAGUUCGUCCCAUGGUUAUGGACAUACACUAUUUGUGUGACAUUGUCCCGUAUAGAGUCCCUGCAAAACCGUGGACAACCGUCACGGACAGCGACGACUUGGUUUCACAUUUAGUGUCACUGUACCUGACUUGGGGUUACCCUUUCUACGCCUUUUUCUGUCGUGAAACAUUUGUUAAGCAUAUGAGAUCUGGGCAGCUGAACUCGGACUUUUGUAGUCCCUUUUUAGUGAAUGCUCUCCUCGCCAAUGCGUGUUUCUACUCGGAUUACUCGGAGGCAUAUAGCUUACCUGGGGACGUGAAAAGGAAGGGUGCCCAUUUUCUGGCCGAAGCCGAACGGCAUCUGAAAUCGCAUCAAUUUGAGAGCGGGAGCGAUAUCCGUCUGGCUUCUUUGCAGGCAUCUCUUCUGUUAUAUGAGAGGUACUCCAUGGAUGGUACCGACGAUUUUGGAUAUACAAUGCUCCAUAGAGCAAUAGGAAUGGCGGAGUCACUCGGCAUUGUGAACAGUGCUAGAAAGCCACGCCUGGAAGAACCGUAUAUGUCUAAGGACAUGAUAUCCUCUCUCAAGCGAACUGCAUGGGGUUUAUUUCAGAUUGAUACAAUCGUUCACAUGAACUUCCUCAGACAGAGUCAUAUAAAGGACGUGAAUGUGGACCGCAUCGACCGUGAAGAAACGCCGCUGGAUGAAUUAUGGACACCAUAUCCAAUCCAAAGAGAACCCCGAUAUUCUUACAUGAGCUUAUAUUUUGAUGAGGCAUGCAAGCUCUCUUACAUCGCAAGGGAUACGGCUUUGGAGAUGCCGCGCGCGCUCAUGGAUGUAAAGCUCAAGCAAGAGGUAUACAGUCGGCUGCAAGAGUGGGGACGGAAGCUGCCCCGGAUCUUCGACCCGAAAGAGGUUCAAGCACCGUAUAUCCUCAUCCUCAUGAUGCGCUAUCACACACUAGUGAUCAACCUGUGGUGCUAUGAUCUCCAAGACAAUUUGGCAUCCAUAAAAGCAAGCGAAGACACUCCUGAUUCGGCUAUCCCGGAUAGUUAUGCUGUCAAGAUCGCACUAUCCUCUGCGCGAGAUAUUGCCUAUCUUAUCGAAGUUUACAGAGCGGAAUACGGGCUGAUAUAUUGCCAUCAGUUUGCUAUGUAUGCUAUCAAUGUGUCACUGUUUUGCAUGCUUGCACAGGAGUCUUUUGAUAUCUUGGAUUCCGAUUUCUUGAGUCUCACAAGUGCAUUUUCCACCGUUGCCUGCCGUACGAAGGUGGGGAGGCAUCUUUUCCAUGCAUUCAAAUUGUCCGUCCGCUCCCGAACGCAAGGUGGACAGAGCCUCAACACUGAUGAUGUCUCACCUGUGAUCAGGGAACUCUUUGGGCCACGUGAAAAACCAGGUGAACCGGACAGAUGGGAUCACUAUGCGGAAGGGUUGGCAGAGGUGGAGGGUGGAGGAAGCUUCCUCGGAGAACUUGAUAUGGAUCCGAUCGUACCUGGAUUGGUCGACAUGCUCAAAUGGUACGAGAGAAUGAGCAUUGGGAAAGGCAUCCGGUGGAGAGGAAACAGUCGAGAUCCUGCUUUCUAA